AUGCGCGCAAUAAUCCCAGCCGCACUCCUCGCGACCGUGAACGCGGUCCACCUCACUCCAAACCAGCUGAACACGGUAUGGGAGCACGCGGUGCGCAUGUCCAACUUCUCAUGGGAGAACGGGACGAUCGGCGAGACAUGGUUGGAAUGGAAGUAUCCCCAUCUCUCCGUGUUUUCGUCAACCGCCCCGCUUCCCCUGCCCGACCUGACGCCGGACCAAGUGCCCGAAAUCAUGCAGUUGGCGGAGGAUACGCUGGCUAACAGGCCGGUGAAUUUCACCAACCCCGCCUUGCCGACCAAUAUCUCGGCCACGGGGGCGAACGCCUCCUCUACCAGUGAGGGAGGGCUGCGCCGCCGCCAGACGCCCACGUCGGUCCCAGUGCCAACGGCGAGUACAUCGACAGCCACCUCCAGCACCCCGCUCCUCGUUCCCCUCGCUGCCAACUCACAGCUACCUCACGGCCAGCCGUUGUUGGAGGACGGCGCAGCGGGCGAUCCCGCCUCGCUUGGGGUGACUGUGCUGGUCGCCGACAAGGCGAGCUCGGGAACGCUGAUCAAGGGUGUGUCGUUCAUGCAAGCCGCGCAGAGUCAGGUCGACUACCUUCUGUACGGUGUGCCGCGGAACGAGCAGGGCGCAAUCUCGCACCGCGCCGCCACCUUCCAACUCUGGGCCGACAACGUAUACAUGGUCCCCCCUUUCCUAGCCUACUUUGGCGCGAUAACCAACAACCAGACCCUCCUCCAAACCGCGUUCGAUCAAAUCUCAGCUUACAGACAAGGCCUACAGGACCCGGAAACAAAGUUGUGGCGACAUAUGAGUCCUGGACCUGAGGCGGAGGAUCCGAAUCUCUGGGCAACGGGGAACGCUUGGGCCGCCGCUGGGAUUCUCAGAGUGCUUGCGACGAUUAAACGGUCUCAGUUUGCGGAAGGGAUGGGGGAUCAGGUUACGCAGUUGCAGGUUUGGGCGGCGGAGAUAUUGGGGGCGAGUAAGGAGUAUAUGACCCACGACGGCCUCUUACGGAACUACAUUAACAACGCCUCCGACUUCGUCGACGCCGCCGCCACCGCAUUAAUGGCGUCCGCCGGUCUUCGCAUGGCAACCCUAAACCUAACCAACGACCACGUCGAUGCGGCCACCAAAAUGCUCGCCGGCGCGUCAAGGAACGUAAACUCUACCGGAUACCUGACCAACGUGACGGACCCCUACAGUUUCCACCAGCCAGGCACAGUCAGUCCCGAAGGAAACGCUUUCGUGGUGUUGGGUUAUGCGGCGUAUAACGACUGGGAAAAGAUGGGGAAGCCGGGGAAUACGAGGGGGAAAGAUCCGUUGUCGGGGGCCGGGCGGGCUGGUGCGAGUUUGGUGGGUGUGCUCCUUGCUGUUGGAGUGGGAGUGGCGGCGAUGUGA